AUGUUGAUGUGAUAAAUAUUAUACUUUAAGGACUUUAGUGAAAAAUAUGCUUAAGAAUGUGACUGAAAAUGAGAUUUACCCAAAAACAACAAAAACAUUUUGCUGCCCGUUGUAGACUCCUCCCUUCCACUCUGCUAAAAAUAAUAAUCGAAAGGAAAAAAAAAAAAAAGCUUUUAAAAAAUAGAAAACGCAAUCGCAUAAUCUCUUCGAUGUCCUCUAUUUCAUCAUCUUGAUUAAUCAUCAUCAGUGUUUUAGAUCUCAGAUCCAAAGAAAAGGGUUUCAAUGGAGAGCUUAGCGCAACUAGAAGCAUUAUGCGAGAGAUUAUACAAUUCACAAGACUCGGCAGAGCGAGCACAUGCGGAGAAUACAUUGAAAUGUUUCUCGAUGAAUACUGAUUAUAUUUCACAAUGUCAAUACAUUCUUGAUAAUGCAUUGACUCCUUAUGCUUUAAUGCUCGCUAGUUCUAGUCUUCUUAAGCAAGUUACUGAGCAUAGUUUAUCCACACAGCUUCGUCUUGAUAUUCAGAAUUAUCUCAUUAAUUAUCUUGCAACUCGAGGACCUGAAUUGCAACCUUUUGUUAUUGCUUCUUUGAUACAACUUCUGUGUCGUGUUACGAAAUUCGGUUGGUUUGAUGAUGAUAGGUUUAGAGAUGUUGUUAAGGAGUCUACAAAUUUCUUGGGUCAGCAGGCAACAUCAAAUCAUUAUGCCAUUGGUUUGAAGAUACUGAAUCAACUUGUAUCUGAGAUGAAUCAGCCUAAUACAGGUUUGCCUGCAACAAAUCAUCGAAGGGUAGCCUGCAGCUUUAGGGAUCAGUCACUUUUCCAAAUAUUCCAAAUAUCUCUAACCUCAUUGCAUCAAUUGAAAAAUGAUGUUUCAAGUCGAUUGCAAGAGUUAGCUCUUUCGCUGUCCCUCAAAUGCUUGUCUUUUGAUUUUGUUGGGACAUCAAUUGAUGAAAGUUCAGAAGAGUUUGGUACUGUUCAGAUUCCAUCAUCUUGGAGGCCAGUUUUAGAGGAUCCAUCAACAUUACAAAUAUUUUUUGAUUACUAUGCUAUUACAACAGCUCCUCUUUCAAAGGAGGCAUUGGAGUGCUUGGUCCGUCUUGCAUCUGUGCGGCGUUCUUUAUUUACAAAUGAUACUACCCGUUCUAAGUUUUUGGCGCAUUUAAUGACAGGAACCAAAGAAAUUCUACAAACAGGACAAGGUCUUGCUGAUCAUGAUAAUUACCAUGAGUACUGUCGUCUCCUUGGACGUUUCAGAGUGAACUAUCAGCUGUCCGAGCUUGUGAAUGUUGAAGGCUAUGGUGACUGGAUACAGUUGGUAGCAGAGUUCACUUUAACGUCUUUGCAGUCUUGGCAGUGGGCCAGCAGCAGUGUAUAUUACCUUUUAGGACUAUGGUCCAAAUUAGUGACAUCAGUACCAUAUUUGAAGGGUGAUGCACCGAGUAUGCUUGAUGAAUUUGUGCCUAAAAUUACCGAAGGCUUUAUUACCUCAAGGUUUAACUCUGUGCAGGCUGGGUUUCCAGAUGAUCUUUCGGACAAUCCCUUAGACAAUGUUGAACUUCUCCAAGAUCAACUAGACUGCUUCCCUUAUCUAUGUAGAUUCCAGUAUGAGAGCAGUGGUUUUUACAUAAUUAACAUCAUGGAGCCUAUUCUGCAAGCUUACACGGAAAGAGCAAGAGUGCAGACAACUGAUGGCAAUGAACUUGCUGUCAUUGAGGCAAAGCUUGCUUGGAUUGUUCAUAUUAUUGCUGCUAUUCUGAAAAUCAAACAAUCUACUGGCUGUAGUGCGGAGUCACAAGAAAUGCUUGAUGCAGAACUUUCAGCUCGCGUGUUGCAAUUAAUCAAUGUCAUGGAUAGUGGGCUACAUAGCCAGAGAUAUGGUCAACUGAGUAAGCAAAGACUCGAUCGUGCAAUUCUCACCUUCUUCCAGCAUUUCCGGAAAUCUUACGUAGGUGAUCAGGCUGUGCACUCAUCCAAGUUAUAUGCUCGAUUAUCUGAGCUUCUUGGAUUACAUGAUCAUUUGGUACUACUGAAUGUGAUUGUUGGGAAGAUUGCUACGAAUCUAAAGUGCUACACGGAGAGUGAGGAGGUUAUUGAUCACACUUUAAAUUUGUUCUUGGAAUUGGCAUCUGGUUAUAUGACUGGAAAGCUUCUACUGAAGCUGGACGCUAUCAAAUUUAUAGUCGCUAACCAUACUAGGGAGCACUUCCCCUUCUUAGAAGAAUAUAGAUGCUCUCGUAGCAGAACAAUUUUUUAUUACACCAUUGGCUGGUUAAUAUUCAUGGAGGACAGCCCUGUGAAAUUCAAGUCUUCAAUGGAACCACUUCUUCAAGUAUUCAUCAGUUUGGAAUCAACACCAGAUGCAAUGUUUCGGAGUGAUGCGGUUAAGUUUGCUCUAAUUGGGUUGAUGAGGGAUCUUAGAGGAAUUGCAAUGGCUACAAACAGGCAUGUUCGCAGAACUUACGGGCUUUUGUUUGAUUGGCUAUAUCCUGCUCAUUUGCCACUUCUCCUGAAAGGGAUUUCACAUUGGGCAGAUACACCUGAGGUUACUACUCCACUAUUGAAAUUCAUGGCUGAAUUUGUGUUAAACAAGGCCCAGCGCUUAACUUUUGAUUCAUCUUCUCCAAAUGGCAUUCUUCUUUUCCGGGAGGUCAGCAAACUGAUUGUAGCCUAUGGCACCAGGAUUUUAACUCUUCCAAAUGCUGCUGAUAUAUAUGCCUACAAAUACAAGGGAAUAUGGAUCUGUUUAACUAUUCUCUCUAGAGCUCUUGCUGGAAAUUAUGUCAAUUUUGGUGUGUUUGAACUCUAUGGAGAUAGAGCUCUUGCUGAUGCACUUGAUAUUGCUCUAAAGUUGACCCUGUCAAUUCCUCUGGCUGACAUAUUGGCAUUUCGGAAGUUGACAAGGGCUUACUUCGCAUUCUUGGAGGUUCUGUUCAGCAGCCAUAUUAUUUUUAUCUUGAAUCUGGAAACGAACACAUUCAUGCAUAUAGUUGGAUCUCUAGAAUCUGGUCUUAAAGGUCUGGAUACAAAUAUCUCAUCACAGUGUGCGUCCGCUGUUGAUAAUUUGGCUGCUUUCUAUUUCAACAAUAUUACAAUGGGGGAGGCACCCACAUUACCUGCUGCAGUUAAGCUUGCUCGACAUAUUGCAGACUGCCCCAAUUUAUUUCCAGAAAUAUUGAAGACCCUGUUCGAGAUUGUUCUAUUUGAGGAUUGUGGUAACCAGUGGAGUCUCAGUAGACCUAUGUUGAGCUUAAUUCUUAUUAGCGAGCAGAUUUUCUCUGAUUUGAAGGCUCAAAUUUUGGUUUCACAGCCGGUGGAUCAACAUCAGCGACUUUCCCUUUGUUUUGACAAGCUGAUGGCAGAUGUUACUAGAAGUUUGGAUUCAAAGAACAGGGACAGGUUCACUCAGAAUCUGACUGUUUUCAGGCAUGAAUUUCGUGUCAAGUAAUACUGCUUUUUCUACUUGGUCUUGGGGACUGCUUUAUCUCCAGAUUAUGUUUGUCUGAAGAUUCACAACAUACAUAACUCUUUGCACGGGAAGGGGAGCAUCUUUUAGAUGCUAUAUCUGUAUUAGAAGCAGAUUUCUAAAGAAAGCUAAAAAAGGAAAAAAAAAAAAGAAGGUUUGCAAUGGAGGCAGGUGUUGUAUGAAAUUUUUGUGGUGUACAGAUUUCUCUUUUUGUUUCUCUAAAUGUUUUAUUCCAUAGGAAGAGACUAGAAAUGUUAGGUGGUAUACUAUGGCUAGGGGAUUACAGAAAAGGGCUUUUCAGGAGUGACUGGUGAGUUUGAUAGUUCCGUGUUUAGAGUAUCAAUUCUUUUUAGAACAAAGAUGUAAAUCAUUCAUGAGGUUUGUGUUUUAGUGUUGGGUCAGAAGCAGAUUUUUUGUACAUUAACUUCAACAUAUUCUUUGUAUAUGUUGAUAAUAGAAAGAAAAAAAGAAUGAAAAAUUUUAGUCUAUCA